AUGUUUGGAGACGCGUCUCUUCACUUAAUUGAUGCAUUGAAAAGAGAAAAAGAUAAUAACAAGAUUGCUGUCUAUGAAUUGGAAAAAACCAAACAAUUAUGUCAAGAGACAAUAGAACUGAGGCAAGAUCUUGCGUCUCAACCAGGAACAUUUCAAAGAAAUAGUAACGUUGUCAAUGUGUUGGGGGAACUUUUUAAUGGAGUGAAAGAACGUAAUAUAAAAAUUUUAAAAUUGUAUCACUAUCAACGAUUAACAAAACUUAAACCAUUCGUUGUCAAAGAAAUCGAAAUUCCAGAAAGCGUACAUUUGAAUUUAAAUGAGAAAGAAACAGACUUUUGUGACAAAUACAAUGAAGUAAUUUUAAGAUUCAAAAGCAACACUCCUAAAUUAUUAGACUUAUCCACAGUUAUAGAUUCGUCAUCACCACUUACACCAUUCGUUAAGGUUCUUGUCGCGGUAGAAGGUGGAAUUAUUCGCACAGAAGAUGGUGAUAUUGAACUGAAACAAGGAAAUAAAAGAUUGGUCAGGAAAGGAGAUCCAACAAUCAAUAGAUUGUUGAAACGUGGAUGGAUUAAACAAAUUUCUAAAUUAGGAAUCUAA